UGAUUGCUUGAGAGAGAGAGAGAGAGAGAGCCGUUUCUUAUCCACAUCUCCAUACCGCGCUCCCUUCUCGCCGGGUCGCCGCCUUGGAGCCAACAGUCGCCUGCUCUGUUUUAUCUGAGUUCAAUCUUCUCUCUCCAUUUUCCAGAUCGAGUCUCCAAUCUGCACCAGUAAUGGCGAUGCCGUUCUCGCCUGCGACUCCAGUACGGACGACAAUCUGCAACCAAUCCAGGAACAAGCAAAACCCUCUCAAAACCCUCCGACAUAAGUACUCCGGAGGAUCAGAUUGUGCGACUUUUUGUAGUUCUGUUUCUUGGAGCUCGGCUUCAAAUUACGUGACUCUUCAUGCUGGUGCCAGAAGAUUUGCAGCAAAUCUGUUUGCUGUCAGGCAAUUGCCUGAUGCGAGAACAGAAGUGGUGAAGUGUGCAACUAUAGAAGAAAUUGAAGCUGAGAAGUCUUUGAUUGAAAAAAAUGUCAAAGAAAGGAUGGAGAAGACUAUUGAAACUGUUCGGUCAAACUUCAAUUCCAUAAGGACUGGGAGAGCAAACCCAUCUAUGUUAGAUCGGAUUGAGGUGGAGUACUAUGGGACUCCAGUCAGCUUGAAGAGCAUUGCCCAAAUUAGUACUGCUGAUGCAAGCUCUCUACUAGUGCAGCCUUAUGACAAAUCCAGCUUAAAGGCUAUAGAGAAGGCCAUAGUUAGCUCAGAUCUUGGUUUGACUCCAAAUAAUGAUGGAGAUGUCAUACGAUUAUCUGUCCCUCAGCUGACAUCUGAAAGAAGGAAGGAAUUAUCAAAACUUGUAGCUAAGCAAGCUGAGGAAGGCAAGGUAGCAUUAAGGAACAUAAGAAGAGAUGCCAUGAAAGCCUAUGACAAGCUUGAGAAGGAGAAAAAGCUCUCAGAAGACAAUGUGAAGGACUUGUCAAGUGAUUUGCAGAAACUGACGGAUGAAUAUAUGAAGAAGGUCGAUUCCAUCUAUAAGCAGAAAGAGAAGGAAUUGCUGACUGUUUAACAGUUGAGGUGAAGAGGUUAAAUGCGCGAGUGAGGUUCCCUUGUAAUUAGUCAUUCAGCAAUGUACUUUCUUUUGAACCAAAGUUCCAAUUAUGGGAAAACUGCAACAUUGACUUGGAACAGUUAAAUUUGAAUGCACCAGUUACUCUUGGAAAAU